AUGCCUGUUGCACAGCAAACUGUCCCAAAACCAUCAGAGUCGGCUCCAUGGUACACGAUCCCCAAGACCCAAGCAGUCUGCGUCGAGCAUCCAUGUCUUGUCAAAAAUGUCGAUAAAGCCGUCGAUAUGCUAGGAGGUGACAAAGCGAUCAAGAAUUUCCUCCGAAAAGACCAUGUCGAAAAGCCGAUUAACCUGAAGUUUCACCCAGAAGACCCGUUCAGCCAGCCAAUUCUUUCCGUCAACUGCCAGACCAACAACGUCCUUCUCAAAGUCACGGUGCCGAAAAGAACAGGGAGAAAGAGAAAGCGGGGGACGACUGAUCCUUUCGUGGAGGACUUGAACGAGCCUCCUACUAAGAAGUCUGCCAGCUAUUUACUUGAAUCCUUGCGCGCGAACAAGGAUACCUAUCAGUUCGAACCCAUUGCCUCUGUCCCUAUCAUGCAUAUCUUCCGCACCAUGCCCGAUUUUGCCUACUCGACCUCUCACAGCCAAUUCUUGAAUCAAUUCCGUGACAAGGUCCUACCCUUCCAAUACCCACUGCUCUCAGACUUCCAACUCAACCCAGCGCGCGGCUUGGAAGACACGGAAAUCAUUCCUCUAUCCGUCUUAUCCACCAUGGCCUACCCCUCAAACUAUGCUUACCGCCAAAACCCUGCCAUCAAAGCCUUCAUCGACCCAACAACCGGCUCCCGGCGCCUCUACAACACCCAAGCUCCAAACAAAAUUUACACCCAGCAAUGCCAAUGGGACACACCCCCUUCCGAAAUCCCUGCUACCGUCUCUCCCUCAGCUCCUCCUUUAGAAGACGAACCUCACAACUUCCGCGGCCUUGUCACUAUCCUACGCACCGUCUUCGCUCGCCGUCCCAUCUGGACGCGCCGCGGCCUAGCCAACCAACUUCCCCCCAACGCGCCCAUCUUCCUUGCCAAGUACGCCGUCGGCUAUGCCGCCUACACCAUGCGUUCCGGUCCCUGGAGAGACACCUACAUCCGCUUUGGGGUGGACCCGCGCUCCGACCCCAGCUACCGCAAAUACCAGACGUUGAUGCUGCAACUCGUCUCCUCGAAGAAAUCCAGCAUUGAAAACAGGAAAUACGAAGAGGCUUCUCAGGCAUGGCGUGUGGAUCCAGACAAAGAAUCGCACAUCUUCACCGGCAAGGGCCGUGUGCCCGCUGACGGCAAGAGCUGGCAGCUCUGUGACCUGCAGGAUCCGAUCCUCAAGAGAUUAGUCGACACACCCGAUCUCGAGCUCCGCGAGACAUGCGAGGAGCGCUACUUCGGCUGGUACAAAAACGGGACGUGGUGUAAGCUCAAGAUCAUCCUGAAAGCAAAGAUCGAUCUCAUGCUGGAGGAGAUCGUGCCCGAGGAAGGAGAGGAAGCGGACUUCGACCGCAAGUUCGACAGGUUGCUCGCUCUGCCAGAGUCAUUUGAUGUCCCAGCGGUUCCGGAAGAGGUGCGUCAGAGGCCGGAUGCGACGGACGAUCAGUACCGCAAGGAGACGCCGAGUCUGUGGAAAGCUGCGGGGAGGGACGGGGAUCCGUUGCUCGGCUUUCUGCCGAGGAAUGCCAGUAAGUUGGAGUUGGAGUGGGCGGCGCAGUAUCGCGCGUUGUGUCGCGCGCCGCAGGGGAAAUUGCCGGUCGGUGCAGGUAGGCUGAGUAAAAGUAAGGCCAUGACGAGGGGGAGCUUUAUCAGUGAGAGUGAAGAUCGUGGCGCUGCAGAGGAUGGAGAGGGGUCGAGAGUAGGUGUACCCGGGAUUGGGGCAUCUUCUCAUGAUCGGACCGAGAUGGAGACUACGGCAGGGAGCGGAGACACUAACGAAAAUGCAGGACCUGAGAGAGAUGGAGCAGGAGUCAGUGGGGAUGGAAUCGAUGAUGAAGUGGGAGAGCUGGAGCUGGAGCUAGAAGAUGAAGAUGAGGAUGAAGCACAGGAGGAGGAAGAGGAGGAUAAGGACGGAGACGAAGAGGAGCUAGCUGAGGUCCAGUCUUUCACAGACGAUAUCGAUGAUGGAAGACAGGACACGGAUGAGGAGGACGCUGACGCUCUAAUGGAAGGGGCUUCAACCUCCUUUCCUGCGGGCUGA